AGUAGGAUAUCCCCACACGGCCACACUACUGACAACAAUGUCGACUUCGUUCUCUCAGGAGCUACUCAUAUCCACACUCGUGUUGCUCCUUGUUCCCCUCUACUUCUACCUCAAGUCCAGUAGAUCAAAGAGCCCAGCAGUGCUCCCCACAAACUGGCCAAUCGUAGGCGUGCUGCCUUCCCUCCUGGCAAACCUCCACAACUUGCACGACUAUCUCACUGCCGUCCUCGCCGGAUCAGGCCACAACUUCCGCGCGAACGGCCCACCCGGGACCGGGAUGCGGUUCUUCGUCACAUGCGAUCCGGAGAACGUCCGGCACAUCUUCACGACGAACUACGCGAACUUCCCCAAGGGCGCCGAGUUCGCCAUGAUCUUCGACAUCAUGGGCGGCAGCUUCUUCACCAUCGACGGGGAGCCGUGCCGUCGCCAGCGCGCCAAGAUCCAGAGCGUGCUCACGAACCCCCGGUUGCUCGCGCGGAUGACCGCCUGCUGCCGCGACAAGGUGGAGAACGGCCUCCUCCCGGUGUUUACCAGCAUGGCGAGCACCGCGACUCCCUUCGACGUGCAGGAUUUGAUAACGAGGUUUGUGUUCGACCUGACCGCCACGCCUGUCUUCGGCGUGGACCCUGGCCUCCUGUCCUCCGACAUGCCGCCCAUGGACCGCGCCGUCGCCAUGGACACGGUCAUGGAGGUGGCCCUGUUCCGGCACACCGUGCCGGCUUCUUGGUGGAAGUUGAUGAGGCGGCUGAACAUCGGCCCAGAGAGAAAGCUCGCCGCUGCGCACACGGUGCUACAUGGAUUCAUCACGGAGAUGAUGGAGAUGAGAAAGAACGAACACGUUGGGAAUGAGGGAGCUCCUUCCUCCGUGGACAUAUUGUCUUCCUACAUCGACGACCCAGACUACCAAGACGACGAAUUGCUCCGUGCGACGCUCAUCAACUACAUGAUCGCGGGGAGGGACACGAUCGGAACGACCUUGCCAUGGGUUUUGUAUAACCUUGCCCAAAACCCUCGUGUCGUGUCCAUCAUCCGCAGCGAGCUUUCAUCCAUCGCAGCACGUAAACCAGCAGCAGCCACAGGUGCCGGCGACAUGGUGGUCUUUGAGUCGGAGGAGACCAAAUCUCUGGUCUAUAUGAAAGCCGCCCUAUACGAGUCUCUCAGGCUGUAUCCGCCGGGCCCCAUCGAACGUAAGACGGUGGUCGCUGACGAUGUGAUGCCGAGUGGCCAUGAGGUGCACGCCGGUGACACCCUGUUCGUUUCUCUCCACUCCAUGGGUAGGAUGGAAGGUGUGUGGGGUAAAGACUGCCUGGAGUACAACCCGGAUAGGUGGCUCUCGGACGACGGGCAGAAGAUGAGGUACGUGCCGUCUCACAAGUUCCUGGCGUUCAACUCGGGCCCGAGGAUGUGCCUCGGCAAGGACAUUGCGCUUAUGCAGAUGAAGACCGUCGUCGCCGCGGUGGUGUGGAACUUUGAUGUGGAGGUGGUUCAAGGGCAAAGCAUCGAGCCGAAGCUAUCUUGCAUACUGCAGAUGAAAAAUGGACUCACGAUAAAGCUGAAGAAGCGGGAAAUGUAACCUGCUUUGGUCUUUGAAAAAUUGUAAUCGUAUUCUGAGUGGCUCUUUCGAGGUACAGGACCUCAGGGUAUUUUGUAAGCUUAUUGUGACGAUAUGAAUAAAAAUCCAUGGGUUGGUA